GUAGUUUGAAUGGAUUAAAUGAAUUGAUAAAUGUAUAAUGUACCAUGCAGACCUUAAUAGAGUAUUAAUAUCAUAAAACAUUUAAUGUAUCUGGGUUACUCUAAUGAAAUUGUUUGUUUGAUCAUUACCUUUGUAUAGCCCUUAUACUUAUAGGUUGAAAUUUAGGGGAAUACAUAUGGCAGGGGGGAAUACAUAUGGCAGGUCAUUUUCAUGGUAGAGUAACAGUCUUUUUGUAUAUUCAAAGGAAGAGACUAAAUUAUCAUGCCUGAGGUGGGAACAGAAGAUUUUGUUGAUGGAUUUCCUCGCAACAGCAGUGAUGAUCAGUUAAACAGGGGACCAGAAGAUUAUUUACGUUAUGAACAUUAUAGACUGGAAACAUUUGACAACUGGCCUGUGACUGCAAAUGUAGAUAAAUAUUCCUUAGCCAAAAAUGGAUUUUGUUACCUUGGUGAUGGUGACAGGGUGAAGUGUAUCUUCUGUAAUAUUAUUCUUAAAAAAUGGGUAUGUGGGGACAGUGUUGUAGCUGAACAUAAGAAACACGCUUCUAAUUGUCCAUUUAUCGUUAAUGCCGAAACUGCUGGAAAUAUUCCACACCAAGAGGAUGUUAGAUCAAACAAUCGACCCAUCAAUCCAAAACAUUCUGAAUAUAAAAGCAGGGAAAUUAGAUUGAGGUCGUUCCAAGGUUGGCCAUCAGAUAAAAAACAAAAACCGGAAGAUUUGGCUUGUGCUGGAUUUUUCUAUUUAGGAACUGGAGAUUCUGUGAAGUGUUUCCAUUGUGGUGGAUUGUUACGGUACUGGGAUGAUCCAGAUGUACCAUGGGAAGAACACAAACGUUGGUUCCCAGCUUGUCCUUUCAUUACGGAGAAUGGUCAAGAUUGUCAACAAGCCUUAAAAAAGCAGAGAUCUGAAACAUAUCGGAUGAUAGCAAGGCGAAAUGGAUAUACCGAAGACCUACUGAAUAUUCAUAAAGAAUAUGUGAUAAGAAAUGGAUUUCCAUGCCCUGAAAGUUAUGAAGACCUUGUGGAUGAAUUAGAACAGUUGAGAGUCAGCCAGGAAACAGAACCAUCUACCCAGGGUGCUACAGGUUACACAUCUGGUCAACCUCCUGUUACUCCAGAAACCCCUGUGCAAGAUCAGAAAUCUAAAGGCAAAAGACCAGACUACAAGACACAGAAGAGUGCCAUUCAGGCAAAUUGGAUCACAGAUGAGAGAUUCCAAUGUAAAAUAUGUCUAGACAAUCCUGUUGAAGUUUUAUUUUUACCAUGUAAACAUGUAUGUUGUUGUCAAAAUUGUAGCAAUAAGUUGAGGGUGAAAGAAUGUCCUAUUUGUAGGGGGAAAAUCAAAGCAAUUCAACCACUGUAUUUUGCCUAAUGAUAUAAUUUAUUAAUUAUAUGUUUAUCCUUAAAAAAAUGUUACAUUUAUUUUGGUAGUGCAAAUAUUUUACAUAAAAUUGUUGAUUUAUGAUUGAUGUCUUUCAUAUUUAUUAGAAAGUAUAAACACACGAAUGAGUAAAAUAUAAUUCUCACUGUAAAAAAAACACCUUAGUAGUUUCACAUAAAUGAUAUCAGUUAUAACAUAUCAUUGGAAAGGUUUUCAUCCACCUAUUUAUUAAACUGAUAGUCUUUGAGGUUUUUUUUUUUAUUGAAUCCUGAUAUGAAAAGUAAUCAUAUUUGUGGAACUUCUAUGCAUAUUUCACCUUUCUGAUAAUUUUAAACAGUCUUACUUGAUGUUGAUUAUUGUAUAUAAAGUGACAGUAACUUAUUAUGUACAACUUUUGCCCUUAGUUUGCAAACAAAAUCUAAGCCAGAAAUACAAUCAUUUUAUUGGUAGAAAUUUAAUGCUUUAUUUAGUUUUUAUUGAAGAAGUGUGGAAUUUUAGCAAUUUUGUUGCUACUCUGAAACUAAUUUAUCAAAGAAACUCACUAUAUAUAUCACAGAGGAAAUCUAGAACUACCCUCUCAUAUCUAGUCAAUUCUUAUAAAUAAAUAGUUAAAGGGCAUUAUAAUGAUAUUUUACAGUACUUUAUUGCUUUUCCCUUAUAAAUAGUCAAUUGUCCAAUUACUUUUUUUGUUUCAGUUUAAGAUUUUUUUCAAAUAAAAACAACACUGAAGUAGGAUAAAUUUUUAGCACACAAAAUAUUUCACUACUGGACAAUGAAUCAAUCAAGCUAUGGUUUCAUUAUUUUUGUACUUGCUAUCUUGUUAGAUAUUUUUAUUCAAAAGGAAUAUACAUAGACCUGAGGAUUUUGUCUUCCAUUUGUCUUGUAUUUGUGAUAAAAUGUAUUUAUAUUAGUAAUGAUGUUACAAGCUAUUAAGUUAACUGUCAUGAGAAAGAUUUCAGCUUUACAGGUUAUAAAGUAAAGCCUCCGGGUGCAGGAGUUUCUCGCUGCAUUGAAGACCCAUUGAUGGCCUUCGACUGUUGUCUGCUCUAUGGUUGGGUCGUUGUCUCUUUGACACAUUCCCCAUUUCCAUUCUCAAUUUUAUUUUAAAGUAGUGCCUUAAAAUCUCAUUUUCAGCCCUGAAUUAAAUCUUGUAAGAUACAGAAAAAUAAUAAUACCUAUUUACUGAUUUUGGAAAGCAUCAACUUUGUAAAAACAAUAUGAAAAUGAAUCAUUAGAAUGGAUGCAUCAUUAGACAUCUAUACAACAUAUGACCAUAUUAAAAUUUAGUUUAGUCAGUCUAGGCUGGCUGACAUUCAGGAGUCUGUAAUAAUGUCCUGGAUGUAUGAAAUUUAUAAUAUAAUUUAUAAUAUAAUAUAUAGUUAUAUUUUCUGUAGUGCUUAUCUAAGCCUUAAUCAAAAUAUAUAAGUUUUAUACACAAUUACAUUAUUGUAAUAAACAGUUGAAUAGAAAUUAUGCAUUCAUAAAA